CCACCUCCCUUCUCCGAUUUCGAAUAUGUAUUUGAUCCUGUUCUCGCAGGCUUGUCGCCUCCUCUGCCCAUCCCAUCAUCUGCAGACCUCUUCUCUCCAUCUGAGACAACUGAUCUGCUAGGAUUCUUGGACAACUUCAAUUGGGAUUUCGAAGCAGAUCCCACUGUCACUGCGCCCUAUAUACCGCAAGGCGCGCGCGAUCUGAAUAAUUCGGGAGAAAUUGUAUCGCCGAUACUCACAGAGCAACCUGAGAUGCCAUCAGAUACAUCCAAUACCAGACCUUCAUCCUCAUCAUCCGCAACUUCAUCAUCUCCCUCAAAACAAGACUCCAUGGGCACAAAGCGCAAGAGAGCUUCUGCAGCCUCGUGCCAGACGGGGAGAACAAAAGUCCUCCUCUCAACCCCUCAGAAAAGACUCAAUCAUAUCAUGUCAGAGCAAAAGCGUCGUAAUGCCAUUCGCGAGGGAUACGCCCAGUUGAUAUCCCUUCUCGCCCCAGCUGGUGCACAGGCUAUUGAUAUGCCUACUAGAGGUAGACCAAAGGGCAGCGGGAGUAGGGGGAAGGGUCACACCAAAGGCAAGAGCGGAGUGCUCUUUCGAGCAGUCGAAUAUUGCCGGUGGCUUGAGGAGGGAAGGGAUGCUUUGAUAGAUGAAGUACUUCGUCUAGAAGCUGCCGCAGGCAUU